AUGAACCAUGAGGUCGAGCACUUUAAGAAUAUAGCGCUUGAUGAGGAAUCGUACGCCAAAUACAUUUGCCAGAACUCACCGCAAUUGAUGCCCGCGGACGGUAAGGUUCACAGCCUCUCGAUUCCAAGAUCCUCGUUCACUGCAUUCAGGCUAAAUUACGCCUCGCCAGUUGAAAUGUCGCUGAGCUCCAGAACGGUGUUGCUUGGAGGAGUUCCAAACCUGUGGUAUGCACAACGCAAAAACAACCUCCUGCGGUCCAUUUAUCUAUUUGCAAACAAAAAGCUGAGACGAAGAGUCCGCAUGGCAGGCGAAUAUGCACACGCGAUCGGGCAUCGUUCAAAGAGGAAAGUUGUCCGUCGCGCUGCUUUGAGCCCUAAAAAUGUUGUUAAAGAGAGGCGCUCGAAAGCUCUCGAAAGCACAAAAGCCCAACCUUCGAACACGAUGGCGCAAACGAUUGAAGUUGGAAGCGAAACAACCGGCGUGCCUCGUAAGGUCCCACCCCCUCCUAUGAAGACAGCAACAAUGGCACUGGGCCAAAUAUCAAGGCCUACGAGUCGGCAUGAUCCACACUCGGCAAUUCGGGGGUUGAGGGAUCAGGAACUCAGCCGCCUUGGCCGGAACAAGAGCCGCGAGCGCCAUAGUUCAGAGACGGACCUACUUGACAUGAAACGUGUAGCAACUAAGGAUGCUGCUCUAGAACUAUCGCCCAAGGUGCUCACCCAAAGCUCUAAAACGGGGGUAUCGCAGUCUAGGGAAACACUGGAUGGCACAGGGCUGACAAGCUUUUUUUCAAGUAGUCAGUCUGAGAACUACUACUCUGCUGAAGAGACUAUCUCAACUUCUGAGGAUCAAGACACGAUCUCUGACAGUUGCCCAGAAACAUUCAAAGGCAGCAGUGCUGAUACGCGGGGCAAUUCCGAAGGAACAACAGUUCCGCAGCUCGUGAAGUUGCCUUCGAGUGGACCAGUCAAACCAGCAAUAAGAUUUACCAAUGAUCCGCGUUCAAUCUCUUUACAAUCCUCGCCAGAAGACUAUGAGAGCGAUGAAAUUGAAACCAGCCUUAGCGCUUUCUCCUCCAACUCAGAAGACGGAGAAGCGAGGAGGCUUCGGGGCGCUUCAAAUACACGCCAGAAAGACAUGCUACAGCUGCUUGAACCCGAACCGGAAAGACUGAGCGAAGAUGAACACAAUCGCAUAAUAAAAUCAAGUUCGCAUCGCAAGAUGGUGAAGGGAAUAAAGACCAUUUGUAGCAAAACCGGUCAAAAACUUCACAUCGAGAAGCUAGAUAAACUCAAUAACGAGGUGUCAAGAGUACUAGGUGGUGAGCUGGGCCUUUCUCAAAGAUUGUUCAAAAAGCAUAAUGCUGGAGAGGUUGUGAAAAUGGAGAAAAUGCUUGUGCUUGUCAAACACUCAAAGUCUGUUAGUGGCCUUCCGACCCAUUUUUCCGACGCUGAGCCUAUCGAUACAAGAAUUGUCGAAAGAUGGAAAGAAUACAUUGUCGUCGCUCGACUUACCAAGAAACCCGAGUCGCCAAUAUACUUACAAUUUUACCGUAAUAGGAACAUUCCUGCGGUUGAGGCUUUUGACAACUCUACCGAAGACUUUAGAGCAAACUCUAUGGAUUUUCAAUUGAGCAAGCAAUGCAUAGUGGGGGUCUACAAUAACCUAGAUAAAACGAUCCACAUAGUAAAGCCAUGCUCAGGGUUCGAGAACGGGAACCAGAAUUUAACCGAGAAGUCAAAGGUCAACAAUGCCCUGAAAAUCUACAUUCUUAGAAGUAAGUCAGCAGUAUCGGCAGAAAAAUGGCUUUCGUUUUUGAGACAGUCUUUGGGCCUUGCUGACGUCCUUAACAAGGUCAAAGUUAAUUUACCUGAGGCGGACAUAUCUCUCAAAAUACCGCUUUCCAGAGGGUUGCGCCAGGUUUUCAACGCUAAAGUUGAUACCGAAGAAGAAAAUUUGAAAGUUCUAGUCCUACCUCGGGGCUAUAAGGUCUUAGCAUUCCCUAUUAUGAGGUAUUUAGAACUGGUCAUCAGGUCAAAACUUCAAGAAUGUGGAUUGGAACAACAACUUUCUCGAUGGGCCAAAGCCAAUAUCAUAACCGGGUUUUGUUGGAAACAUUACGAUAGACUCGAAUGGUGUCCUGGUGAUCAAUAUGACUUGCUGCUCGAGAACAUAUCAUUACGAAUGUCUCAUUUACUCGAAUACCGAACUUUGACGCAUUAUCCUAGAAGCGUUAAAACAGGCAAUGGAGAGAAGCUUACAGAGCCUCCAGCUCUUGAAGGGUUCCUUUUAAGGGUGACCAACAGAUAUGGGCGUGAUACUGCCAAAGUUGUACACAAGCCCUACUCUAAAUUCUUAUAUUUCUUCACCUCGGACGGUCUUCUUUUCUUCAUGAAAUCAUAUAAGGGUGUGCCGCCUUUGCCAAGCGAGAUACUUAGCAGGGAAGCAACUUGUACUUACGAUAUGGAAAAGUUACAAGACGCCAUCAAUGCAAUCCCUUCGGUUUACGAGGAUAACCCUUAUCGUAUCGACUUAAAUAGUCACAUUGAGUGGCUCAAUGAGCACAUGAGUCCUAGCGAGUUUGAGAGUAGAGAUGGUGCAGCAUUCACAUCGAUGUGGCGGAAAAUUGCCCAUGUCAUCAAAGCAGAGGGGAUUAUUGACCUAACGGAUAUCAAAUCAAUUUCCAAGUUGAGUGAACAAGAAGGGCAUUAUAAUGAACUAAAAUUUAAGUUCUUAAACAGCGCAAACAACUUUAUUUGGAAGUCUAAGCAGUCUCCCCAGUCGUCUAUCGACUCGCUCUUUGUGCUUCACCUCAGGAACGGUCUUGAGGUUCAAUUAAUGGCACCAAAUCCGCAGAUGGCAGAUGAAUGGAUCGAUAGACUUUCUUGCCUAAGCAAGUAUUGGAAACACAGAAAGAAAGAGGACUCAAGAACUAUGUGGGAUGUAAAGGUUAGUAACCUUUCCAACUUGAAAAUUCCCGAACUUGAGGAAGCCAACAUCAGUCAGGACACACCUAAAUGGAUUACGGAUCGAGGCAUUGCCAAUGAGGAAAUUCACAAUAUAAGUGCAUAUGCCAUGAUGAGACCGCUGAUGCAAAAUGGCGUCUUGUACCAAAAGGCUCGCAAACACUCAAUAUUCCGAAAAUUCUACGUCAUUUUGACCCCAGGAUUUUUAAUAUUGUACCAGUAUUUUAAAAGCGCAAGAGUUAAUUUCUCUAAAAAGGUUGUUGACCACCGGCAUUUCAUGACAAUACCGAUUGAAGAAUGCUACGUGUAUUCUGGAAACCUCACGUCCUUAGACUUAUUACAAAGAGACAAGCAAUUCGAUAACUUGAACUCUGGGAAUGAGCCUUUACCUAGAGUUUACGCUGAUGGCUGGAAAUCGAGUGAGGAUGAAUCUUCGAAGUGUUUUACUCUUUGGUUUGGAACAAAAAGAGCGAUUUCAAAUUACAACUCCCUGUUCAAGUACAAUAAAGACAGUCGCGCGCAUACAUCGGGGUUUCGAGCUGGAAAUGAAGAGCAGCCCUAUCCUAGGGGCACCGACUUGAAUUCGGAAACCUCCGGUACCGCUGAUCUCAGCAUGGAUAAGAAUUUAGAGAAAAACCCUCGACUUUUCAAAGUCGUUAGCAGACUUGGCGUGUCCGGAAGAUCCAUGGUUUUCAUGGCUAGGUCAAGACAAGAAAGGGACCAGUGGGCCAUGAAAAUACAUGCUGAACUGGAAAGACUGAGAAACAGCUCAUUUGAUAUAGAAGAGUGA